AUGAGACACAGGGAAGGUCGACUUUAUAAUCGUGAUAUGAUGUUGCCAAAGCAGUUCAUGCUGACGGCGGGUCUUCUUGAUUGGGGUGGUUUUGGGGUUUUUCAAGGAGAUUGGUGGUUGGUGGUGGGUGUGGGCUUGUUUAGGGAGAUGGAGAGUGAGAAUAGUGAUGGCUUGAAGAUUAAUGGCCACCAUAAUACAUGGGGUACGCCGUACUUAAUUGAACGGACGCGUAAUUAUGACGCAUCCUUUGGAGAGAAAGGAGAAAUGCGGGUGCGCAUUGCUAUUGUGGGAAGCAACUCUAGAGGUAAUCUGGCCGAUGGUAAGAGCUUCGACAAUAUUUCAGCAGAUCUCCUCUUCAAGGUCGAGCACUGA